AUGGAUGACUGUUGUGCUGUUUGCGCAGAGCCUUUGGAAUGGGUCGCCUACGGACCCUGUUUGCAUCGGGAGGUGUGUUCCACUUGUGUCGCUCGCCUCCGUUUCAUUUGCGACGAUCGCCGUUGUUGCAUCUGCAAGACCGAAUGCAACCGCGUAUUCGUCACCAAGGCUCUGGGAGAUUAUACGAAGAUGAUUAAUGACUUUGCUGCCAUUCCUUCGGAGGUAAGGGAGGGCAAGAUUGGAUCAUAUUGGUACCAUGAGGAUACAAAUGCAUUUUUUGAUGAUGUGGACCAUUACAAGAUGAUCAAGGCUAUGUGCAGGCUCUCGUGCAGUGUAUGUGACAAGAUGGAGGAGCAACCACAGGAUGCUGCUUCAAGGCCGCGAGCUAAGUUUAGGAAUAUAGGACAGUUGAAGGGUCAUUUAUUUCACCGUCACAAGUUGCAUAUGUGCGGUUUGUGUCUGGAGGGAAGAAAGGUUUUUAUAUGUGAGCAAAAACUAUAUACCAGAGCACAGUUGAACCAACACAUUAGCACAGGUGAUUCUGAGGUGGAUGGAAGUGAGAGUGAGAGAGGUGGUUUCACGGGGCAUCCAAUGUGUGGAUACUGCAGAACCCCAUUUUAUGGAGAUAAUGAAUUAUACAUGCAUAUGUCUACAGAACAUUAUACAUGUCAUAUAUGCCAAAGGCAGCAUCCAGGGCAGUAUGAUUACUUUAAGAAUUAUGAUGACCUAGAGAUUCACUUCCGUCAUGAGCACUUCUUAUGUGAAGAUGAGGCUUGCCUUGCUAAGAAAUUUAUUGUUUUUCAAUCUGAAGCAGAGAUGAAGAGACAUAAUGCUAUCGAACAUGGAGGACGGAUGUCAAGGUCUAAGCGAAAUGCUGCUCUUCAGAUACCAACUAGUUUCCGUUACAGACAUGGUAAUAAUGAACACGAGCAACGCCGUGGAAGAAGUCGAACAUUUCAUCGUGAUUUCACUGAAAAUCAGCUUUCCAUGGCCAUUGAAGCGAGUCUAGAAACAGCUAAUUCAGAGCAAACGAAUCGUGAUCAAUCGGUGUCAGGUAGUGGGCGAGUUGCUGUUGAUGAUGGGAAUGAUGAUAUUGAUUCUCUCAUUCAGCCAUUUGAAUCAUUAGCUGCAUCUGGUUCUGAAGCAUCUUCAAGAUACCUUCAGGCCUUGGGGCAUAGCUCAAGGAGUGGACCUCUGGAAGAUUCUUCCUUUCCACCACUACCCAUAACUUCCAACAGUGGCCAGCAAAGAUCCAAACAUGAAUUGGAGGGCUCAUCUAAUAACUCUAUGGCUGCCCGACUGCGUCGUCAUGGCAACAGAACUGUAACCGUUAUUAAUUCUGGUAAUGCUUGGCCAGCUGCAGGUCGUGGACUGGUACAGCCAUCAAGUAAUCCUUCACAAUCUAGACCACCGGCAAAUAAUGCUCUUGGACUUUCUCGUGAUUCUGGGCAGACAAAGAAAACAGUAAUUAACAGUGGAUUUUCACCAUCAACUUAUGCUGGUUCUAUUCAGGUUACACAAAGAACUGCUCAUGGACAAUUACCCGGUGGUUCAUUGAGGGACACACGUGACAAUGUUAGAAUCGUCCACUCUGCAUCUGCUCCAAAUCUCACGGAGACUAACUCUGUUGAAGCUUCAUUAUAUGAUUUUCCUCCUGUUUCUGCUUCACAAGUGAGCAAGUUACCUGCUAGCAGCCAGCCUUUAGUGAACGCGGAAAAUUUUCAGUCUGCCAAUAAGUCUCUGGUUGAAAAGAUUCGAGGAGCUCUUGACUUUGAUGAAGAAAGAUACAGUAUGUUUAAGGACAUAUCUGCCCAAUAUCGUCAAGGUACAAUAGAUACAGGCACGUAUUUGGACUAUGUGCAGCAGUUUGGCUUGUCUCAUCUUGUGCUUGACUUGGCUAGACUAUGCCCGGAUACUCAGAAGCAGACAGAGCUUGUUGAGGCUUACAGUGCUAGUUUGCAAAGAGACGCUUUACUGGAAAAUAACUUGGUUCGAAGCAGCGGUAGCACCCAUCGCAAAGACAGUAAUGUAAACAAGAAAGGUAAAGGUAAGUCUGUAGAUAGUAGGGGGAGUAACUCCACAGCGAAUUUAGCAGAUAGCUUUUUAAGCACUGUGCAUCAGCUACAAGCAAAUUAUAAAUCUUCAGAAGAGAAGGUGGAGGUGCUAUCAAAGGGUGAUUACCGAGGUGACAGAGGCAAACUAAAAAUCGAGCAGCGGAUUGAUACAAAUUCUGGAAGUCAACCUGCAGUGAAGCUUAGUGGGAAGACCGAAACAUCAAAUGACAGUUUAUCUACUCAAAUUAGAGUGGAUGGGGGUGGUGGAAACAAGCAACGCAAGAAAGGUUCAAAGUUCCUUAGAGUGCGACUUGGUGAUUAUGGUUCUGCUUCGGCCCUUCUUGAUCAAUCAGAUUCUGGGACAGCAGACAGCUCAGAAGUUAACAAGGAUGAAUCUGGAGACGGAGGGCCACCUGUGCGUGGUGUUUGGCGAAAUGGGGGAGGUCAUAAACUUUUUCCCUAA